GUCGGAUUUUGUCUAUUUUGUUUUUCUACAAAUAUAAAAAAAGUGUGGCUGCCGCCAGAUAUUAGUAAAGGCAGUGGCAUAAAGUUCGUAAGGAUGCCACCCAAGCUGACAUGCACCUGUCGCCAGAAAAAAGAAGCUCGUGUACAUGUUAUCUACACGGGGGGUACCAUUGGCAUGAUGAGAGAUGACGCUGGUGUUUUGGCACCCAUGCCCAACGAAUUGCCUAAACGCUUGCGCGAAUAUCCAACAUGCCACGAUUGCAAAUACCAACCCACCUAUUUUGAGGACGAGGAGCCGCCUCUGGUUGUGCCCCCUGUGGAGGGUGCUCCGUAUCGCGUGCUUUACGACAUUGUUGAGUAUACCCCCCUACUUGAUUCCAGCUCCAUGGGUAUGGACGACUGGCGGCGCAUAGCAUGUGACGUCGGUGAAAACUACUACCGAUACGAUGGCUUUGUCAUACUACAUGGUACGGACACAUUGGCUUACACUGCCUCGGCACUGGCUUUUAUGCUUGAGAACCUGGGGAAACCCGUUGUUGUCACUGGCGCUCAAAUACCCAUCUUUGAAACACGCACCGAUGGCCGCGACAACUUUCUGGGCUCAUUGCUCGUGGCCGGCAAUUACAACAUACCCGAGGUAUUAGUAUUCUUCGGCAACAAGAUUCUGCGCGGCUGCCGCACCACUAAAAUCAGUUCGGAAUCAUUCCACGCUUUCGACUCGCCCAACCAGUCGCCUCUAGGGGAAACAGGUAUCAAUAUCGAAAUCAACAGUCGCCAGAUUUUUCGACCUUGCAAUUUGGCUGAAUUCUCCGUUCAUGAUCGCCUUGAGCCAAAUGUUAGUCUAUUGCGAUUCUAUCCGGGCAUAACCCCCCAAAUUGUGCGUGGUGUUGUCAGUGAACCGAUGCGUGGGGUGGUCCUGCAGACAUUUGGAGCUGGCAAUGUUCCCACCCAAUCCGAAGAGCUCCUGGACGAAUUACGCUCUGCUGUCGAUCGCGGCGUCCUUAUCAUAAAUAUAACUCAGUGUGGCAACGGUAUGGUGGCUCCAAUCUACGAGACUGGUAAAGUAUUGACAGAAAUGGGGGUAGUUCCGGGCUACGAUAUGACUCAGGAAGCCGCCCUAACGAAGCUAGCAUACGUGCUUGCCAAGGAUGACUGGGACAUUUGCAACAAGCGAAAGGUCAUGACCCUAAGCAUACGUGGUGAGCUGACAACCAACAAAGUGGCCAAAAUUAAUGACAUCGAUCUGGUUGAAGGAGUAGCGCGUACGCUCCACUUAUCUACCGCUAAGGAGCGCGAGCAAAUGUGUCGAACGUUCUUUCCUGCUCUGGUAGCGACGGCUGUACUGGAGGGCGAUGUGCAGAAACUUAGUGAUCUCAGGGAAUAUGGUGCUGACUUAACGGCUACUAACAGCGACGGGCGUACGGCUCUACAUUUAGCCAGCUAUGCGGGUAGACUAAAGAUCUGUUGCACCCUGCUGGCUCAUGGCUGUCCCGUCGCCGCACGAGAUCGCUUUAAUCGCACGGCCCUUCACGAGGCUGUGGACACUGACAACCAUUUAAUCAUUCAGCUGCUGCGACAAAAUGGAGCUGAGCUGCGGGAUCCGCCCGAGGUACAAGCAGAAGUAUUGCGCGCCCUCGCCGAGCGUCAGGCUUGUAAGCGUCUUGAGUCCUUUCGUCUAGCAGGCGCCAAUCUCACUCUGGCCGAUCGCACUGGCCGUACUCCACUCCAUUAUGCCUGUCAGCUCGGCCACAUCGAGGUCGUCGAAUACUUGCUGCCAUAUUACCCCAGUCGUUAUAUAAAGGAUGAGCUUGGAAUGACUCCCAUGGAUUAUGCCAAGGCGGCGAACAAGGACUAUAUAGUGACGCUUCUGCGCGCCAGAGACAAAGCUGAUCGUUCCGAUCGAUGUCUGUGUGGCGAUUGAAAGGGCAAAAUUGGAUUAGCUAAACAAAAUUAAAUCGCUUACCAAUGAUUAAAAUAUUGGAGGUGUUUUUUACAAACUCCUUUAUUAAGAUGGUUGAUCAAUUCAA